AUGCCGGCAUCCAGCCGCCGACGGGCAGGCUUGGCACCGCCAUUAUCAUCCCCCUAUUCCCAUUCCACCAUGGUAGAGUCUGUGCUCGACAAUUUCACGGUGCUCGACGAAGUCGUGCAGCUCGUCCAUCGGGGAAGCUCUAGGUUCAUUGUCCUAUCGCACGUUAAGGACGACGCUUGGCUCUUGCACGUGGGACUCGCCCAGGAGGGCCGGUGGUGGCAAGGCAGAUGGCUUGAAAACGACGUGCUCCACUUCGUGGGUGAGAAGGCGGCGCCCGAGCUUCUUGAAAGGUUUGCGGAUCGAUUGCUAUCAGCCUUCACCAAGAAGGAGCUCAGCAUCGAUAACUGGGACCCGCUCUCCGAACACUCCCAGGACCUGAAGCUGAUCCUAGGCCCUGGCGCGAAAAGGCCUGUUCACAUCACCCUGACGGAGAUGACCCCGCGCGAGGCAGCCACGUUUGCCGCAGGAGAGUUCGCCUCCAUCGCACUGCAAGCUCAAUCGCACCAGUGCCGUCUUUAUCCCCCCGCAUGUCCUCAAACCCCCGAAACCCACGACUAUCUAAAGCGCUUGCCUACUCGCAGUCCCCGGCGCGGAUCGUCACCAGCCCCCUUCAAAGUUCCCGAAAGACCGAAAGACCGAUCCCGCGAAGCCACGCCUCUUUCAUCUUUACCGCGCCCGCAGAAGAAGCGCCGGCACUCUUCUUCAAGCCCUCCGCCGCCAGUCCGUCAACCCAAGCCCUCAACCUCAACUUCGCCUUCGCCUUCACAGGCCACAAGAUCAGCGCAAGACCAAGACGCCGGGAAAGGGAAACGCAAGGCAAAGCCACUCGCGAGUGAACCGACCCAAUCUGAGCUGCUCGCGCGUGAAGAGAUCCGGGUUCUACGUCAAGAGCUCUCCAAAGCGCGCGGCAUGAACAUCACAAGCCAGGGCGGCAGCUUCGGCCUCGGCGGGAGCACGAGCGCUCUGCAAAGCCGCUCGGUCAUGCCCGCGCAGACGGCUAGGAGGGGCGCAUCCCUUGCGAACCCGAACAAGAAAGCAAGACGGUACCAGGCUGUCGAGUUUGCGAGCGACAGCGGAGAAGAAUAGGCCUUUCUCCUAAGCUCCAGCGCGUGGAGGAUUCGUAUCUCUUGAGCCGGCCGUAAGUUGGCGGUUCUGUGCUUUGUUGGAAUCCGACCGAUCGCAAGGUUGGUGAUAGUGUAUUGCCGUCGUUGUAGCCGUAGCACUUGUGUGUGUACUGAGUUUAGUUGUAGCUAUGCAUGACGAGCAGGUGUGUGCUCUGCUUUUUUCUGUAUCCCAA